AUGGGGCAGUCCUGUUGUUGCGAGCAUCCACCAGUAGUACCGUGCGACACGGAUAACUCCUCAGGCCUUGCAGCCAGCCAACUUCGACUCCUCCAUUCCACCAGCCUUGACGAACCCGACUCACACGCUCAUAGCAUCGCGAGGUGUCUGCACAACCUGGCGCCAUCUCGUACCCCUCGCCGGCCCGGCGACCUCAACGCUAUCCGCCGUCGGCUCCUGGCACUCUACGACACUGUGAUCAACUCGCCUGAUUUCUACGCGUCCCGACCCUGGACCAUCGUCCACCUAGAGCCCUUCGAUCGUGAGGCGUAUAUCGCCGCCCUCGAGUCCCAGCACCCCGCCAUCCCAUCCGAAUUUCGGUUAUUUAUCCUCGAAUGGCCUGAACGCGCUGCCAUCCGCUCCAUCUGGCCUGGUCUACCCCUCCUGAAUUGCAAGACUAACAACAUCCAGCGUGCACGCGGGACCAAUUUCAUCGCACGCCGGCCUCCCCUGCUCUCCGGCCUCCUCUUCAAGGACGGCUACCCCGGCGUCGAGUUCGUCCCCGCAUUGCUCUUCUGGACACACGAUCGCUCCCGCACGACGUGGUUGCUAUGCGACGAGCGCCCGGAUCUCUUCCUCUUCGGCCGCGUGUUCACGCUUUACUACCCCAUCGAGGCCGACGUUAUCCCGUACCACGACUACGGCGAUGGAGACGAGACCAACUACCAGGUGCUGGAGAGUGCGCUGGCUUAUGGGGAUUUUGCGGUCGAGGACUGGAUUGCGUAUCUGGAAAAGGAAUGGAGGCGCCCUAGUGGCGUGCACCCCAUCCUCGCCCCGCCAUUCCAUGUUGUGCAGCCGCAUGAUGAUGUUGCUGUUGACCUGGAAAACGAGAUUUUCGUGGAUACAGCUGAAUGCAAGGGUAACAACGCGAAGGCCGGAAUUGGUAGCUUCAAGAUCAAUGCAGCGCCGGGCCUGCGUAAGGUCCACCUACUCCUAGCUCGUGCAGCCGGACAAGAGGCUGACACAGCCAUACCACCUACGCAAGAUGUGGAGGCGCCAGAGGAGUUUGUGCAUUGGUAG